GGUGCCUGUGCAGAAUCAUGCAGGUUUUUUAUUUUUUUUAUUAUUAUUUUACCUAUUUUGGUAGGGGGAACUGUGGGGCGUACGACAGGAAGAUGGGGAUAUGGCGAGAGGAGGGGAUAUGGAGAGGAGGAGGAGGACGACGAGGAGUCGAGAUGGGGGAGGAGAAGAGAUGGACGGAGGGAAAAGAGGAAGGGCAGGAGGAGGAGGGGACGAGUGGGAGAAGGAGGAGACAUGGACAGUGAGGAAGGGGAGGACACGAGGAAGGGAAGGAGACGAGGAGGCAUGGAAGAUGAGGAAGUACGGAGAGGAUGAGGAAGGGCAGGAGGAGGAGGACGAACAGGAGGAGGAGGAGGAGACGGAAAGGAGAAGGGAUGAGGAGACGAAAAGGAGAAGGGAGGAGGAGAUAUAGAGGAUGAGGAAGGGGAGGAGCAAGGUGAGGCAGUACUCCUGUAAUUUUUUUUUCAUCUCGAUUAUAAUUUUGGCGG